AUCCAACAUGGCCGACUGGUAGCCAUCGGCGUGGAUUAGUGUGGAACAAUUUCUUUUCAUUUCUCGUCUCCUUGGUUGCUUUGGUGUUUAAUUCACCAUGACACUCACUCCUAAAGAAUUGUCCUCACUUUUGAGGUAGGUUAUUUCUCGUUUAUUUCAUGAUAUUGAAAGCAAACUUGUAAACUUCUCAUUAUGAUGUGAGGUUGUGAGCUUGAUUCUAUGUCUGAUUAAGUGUAUCAAAUUAUUAAACGAUCACAGUUUAUUCACAAGGGACCUCGGUAAAAUUUCCAUGCAGCCCCAUACUACAUUAUGCAUUCAGUUAUUGGAUAGAGAAAACAACGACAAAAACAAUGCAUUGCCAUUGGGACAACAGAUUUGUUUAACAAUAGUAUGGGGCUGUGCGGAGAUUUUACCGGGACCUCAGGUAAUGGACACAGAGAGAAAAAAAACAUCUCAAGCCUUAUCUGUGUGUUUUAAGAAUAUUUAGUUGAAGUGAUUUCAUUGUUAAGUAAUGUUCUUGUGAAGUCUCAUGAUCAUCAACAGAAUUUACAACUGCAAUACAGCUGCAGUGACUUGAACAAAUCUUUAACCCUUUAACUCCCAUGAGUGCCCAAGACAGAAUUUCUCCUUACCAUAUCAAGGCAAUAUCAACUAGAUAGGUGAUGAGAAUCAAGGAAAAUAUCAAUUUAGAAAUAAUUUGUUGAUUCAAUACUAAAUUCUCUGAAGUAGCAUUUUAAGAAUUGUACGGUUGACAGUAAGGAGAAUUACAAAUUUGAUCAGGGAGUUAAAGGGUUUAACUGUGCCCUUCAUGUAUUGUUUUGUUUAUCUCUUAGUAUCCUCGCUGAAGAUUCCCUUGCUGCAUCUUCCUUUGAAGCAAUUGCUUCCUCCUUACACCAGAGAUUUAAUAAAAAUGAACAUUUCCAAAUUGGGAGUGCAAUGGUAUGUGCAGCACAAUAACAUUUACCUCUUAAGUUCUCAUUUGUACAGUACAUGUAAUGAAUUAUGUGUCAGUUUUGGAGUUUUUUGGUGCUACUUGAAUUGAGACUGAGAUCUACAUGUAAAAAUUGGAUAGCAAAGGGAAACUCCUAAUCCCAUUUUAUAAACAAAGUUUAGGAAAAAAGCACACACACAGUGACUGUUAACACAACACAAUGCCUUAGCCAAUUCCACAGUCUAACACAAUAACCACCAGGGUAGCAAUUUUCUUCUGUGGUCCAUGUGGUUGGCUUUGGUUAUCUUGGGCCACAAAAUCCUAUAAAUUAUUAGAUAUGAUAGCAGAAGAUUAUGAAAUUUGAAUAACACAUACACACAUGUGUAGCAUCAUUAUAACAUUUUUUGUUGUCCAAUUGUUUACAGCUUAUGCUCUUACAACAACCUGACUUACUGCCAUUAAACAUCCAAAGAAUUGUAGUCCUGUUUUUGUUGUACGAAAUGUAUAAAGCCGAGCCUAUAGCUAAUAACCCUUUUGCGUCUGUGUUUGUCCAUGUUCUGGUGAGUAUGCCAUGCAUCCAGUUGUGUUGAUUAUUUAUGGUAAAAAGACUUUGUGUCAUCCAAUUCUGUCUGUAAUCAUGCUCAUGAUUUACAAAUUGGACUCCUACUUUGCAUUUAUCAGAUUUUGUUUAUCACCGAUAUGAUUACAGACGGAAUUGGACUCCUCUCGGUCCUAUUACGGUCAUAAAAUUAUGCUUUGCUCUUGUUCAAUUUGUAAAUCAAGAGUAUCAUUGCAGACAGAAUUGGACAGCACAAAGUCCUGCCCCAAUUAAUCAAAACUCUGACAAAAUUUGCUAAAGAAACUACGCACUGGUUGUGUUUUCAUAGAGAAAAAAGUUAACUUGGCAAAAUGCAAGACAACAGCUCAUACAUGACAUUUUCUGUCCAGUUACACAGGAAUGAUGUGUUAACUGUUUGUUCAGCUAUCCUAUUGCACUGUGGAAUUAUGAGCAUGAUGUAUAUGCUGUCCUAUUUGUGCCCUGGUGAUAGCCAAUCAUGGUCAAGAAUUUCAUUAUAGUUUUGAUUAAACCUUUAAGUACUGAGAGUGACUCGCAUCUACAUUUAAUUUCUCCUUACAGUAUCACCCCUGAAUCACAUAUUAGGGUUGUAAGAAUAAAGGAAAUUGAUGGUACAAUAAAGUGACGUCCAUCUUUUGUGGUGUCAUGGAGGUGCCCAGAUCAGAUUUUACACAAACAACAGAACAAGAACUGUUACUGUGGAGAACAAACUGUUUGAUUAAUUUAUUUGGUUAUUCAAAUGUUAACAUCAUGACAGGCUUGUAUUUUCAUUUUACUUUGUUUACAAUGGCACAUUGAUAAGCCCUUUGAUCCCCAAGAGUUACUAGUAUCUAAUUUCUCCUUACAGAAUCAAACAGUAGGGUCACAAGGACAAAGGAAAUAAUCACCUUGAUUGUUUAACAAAUUCUUCUAGUCAGCACCUUAGGAAAUUUAUGGAGAACAGCUUGGAGAAUAAGCAUACUAAUGUUAGGGUGCAGAUAGGAUUAAGGUGGUAAAUAGGUCAAAAACAUGUUUACAAGUAGUUUUUUCAUUUAUUUGUUAUUGACUUUUAGAGUUCAAAUGAUGAAAACAGGGUCAGUGGUCUUGAAUCACUACCAGCACUGGGUCCAGCUGAGAAAUCUUUCUUGUAUCUUCUCAUCACCACUCCAUCAAGAGAUGUGAGUAUUAAGCAAACUUUAAGUAACAUGAAAAUUGUGUAAUGUAAACAUUCUUUUGCAGACUUUGCAUAUACAGUACUGUUGUCCUUGAUCCUUGAUCCUUGAUCUGCCUGCUGUGUUUGGCAGGUGGUUGAUGUAGAAGGGUAGCCACUAGUAGAAUUUCAGCGGUAUUUUCCAUUACAGUGCUCAUCAUUACUUUUCAAAUCCAGUUGCCUGUAACUGAACACCGAAGAAAUACGAAAGCUUGUACCGAGAGAUGUAUGGUAAUAGAAUGAUGUAGAUGUUAGAUCUACAUAAACAAUAAUUUUUAACUGGAAAGCUGCCAAGGACUUUGUUGGUUUUUUCCUUUUUUCAGCUUCUAAAGAAAAAUCCCCGUCAAGUUUUAGCAUUCGACUUCCCUGGGGGAGGGCAGGUAAGAUAUAAUUUGGAAUGCAAAAUGAUGUACUUUUACAUAUGAAAUGAGUUAAAUACUGUGAAGUGUGUGAUGGAAGUGCUAAGAUUAUUGUAGAUAGGGAAAUUGUCACUAUCUUUAUCAAGGCAAUAACUCUUAGCUGUGCUGCUAAAUGUGUGUUUGAAUUUGAAUUUUUUUUUUCAUGAUGUCAAUUUGUGUGCAUUCAAAGUGUAAAACACAAACACCAUCACCUAAAAACAAUCAAAGUUUUUAAACCACUUUCAUGUGGAUUUAUACCUUCUACUAACCAAGGGUUAAUGUCUUUACUGUAAGUUAUUUUCUGAGUUUUUUUUUUUUUGGCCUGGAUUUAUGACCCUAAUCAUAAAAUAUCUGGGCAGAAAAAAUGGGGAUCUGUAACCUACAGUACAGAACAAGAAAAAAAGGGUAGUAAGAUAUUCAUGAAAUAUCUGGAGGCAAACAGAGGGAAAAGAUUUCAAUUCAAAGAGACUUUUGAAUUUAGUGGGCUGUACAUUGAAAUACAGUCCACCAAAUUGCCAAUCAUAGUGUGCACAGUAACAAAGAUCUAUGAUAAAGUACAGUUAGAGAGAACUGCACUUGGGUGGUCCAAAGAAUUCAUGCACAUUCAUACAUGUAUUUGUAAGUAUUUCAGGGCUGUUACAGUUUUUCUGCUUUAUCUUUCUGGUAGCUUCACAAGUGGUUGUGGGAUGUAAGUGGUCUAAAUUUCAGUUAUGGAAGAUAAUUUUUGGAUAGCAGUAUAUCAAUAUUUAUGCAUUUCUCUCCAGAACAUUGAUCUUAGUUCCCUGCAGUUGGCUCUGACAGAGAAAAAUUCUCAGUUGCCUGACUUGAGCUGCUGUGGACUGCCAGCAGUACUGGCUGAUGCUGACCCAGAUGUCAGGUAAUUACAUAAAAUACAAUGAAACCUGUCUUAUCUGGAUCUCCUGAUAUGUUAAGCAGAUGUUAUUAGCCUUAUUACAAAUGUCUUCUUCUAUAUAUAAUGUAAAAUUAGGCUGUAUUCAUUAGACACCUCUACUGAAUAGAGAUAGACACAAAAACAUUAUUUAAUUGACAGAUUAUGGAGAAAUUAGAGUUUCAAUUUUAUCCAGUUGCAUUGUAAGAUUGCAUAUUUUUUACUUUUUAAAUGUGUUUCCAGUAAUUGAUUUUAUUCUGUCUCUGCAGAGCAGCCAAUUCUAAAGGUUGCUUAUCAUAUAAUUUUUUGUAUUUGGGGCAUAACAUUUUACUUCUUUUGUUCAAUUUUCUAAACCUGUGAUCUGCAAACACUGUAAUAAGCAGGCAGUCAGCAAGAGACUAAUGGACCUCUGCUUGAUGCCACUUUUGUUGUAAAUAUUUAAAGUGAACUUGGAGCUGAGAGAUGAGCUAUUUGAAGUGUAUUUCUAUUGAUUUUUUUUCCAUGUCUCAAUAAAACAUCUUGUGGAGGAUAAAGACCUCAAUGUAAACCAAAAAAGACAACCUUGGUGAAAGGAAAUCCAAAUUUAUCAUUCAUACUUGUCCAACUUUGGAAUAAUUUUAUGGUCAAUGUUGAACUUCAUCAUUUUGGUUUUCAAUCAAGCAGAGAUGUUAACCAUUUUCCACCCAUGUGGGAUGAAGAAAAGUAUUAUUUCUCAGAGAGGAAGCGUAAAUUACUGUUUUAAGAGUGGGUUGUUUACAAAGGAGGGGAAAAAUGGGCUAAAUAAGAAUUCUUUUACACUGUAUUCCUGUAAUUACAAACCACUUUAACUUAAACGUGACUUUUGUUCAUUUUAACAGUUCAGGGUUUGAUUCUACAGCAGCUUCACAAAUCACAGAGACUCUUGUCACAGGUGAGCUAAAGAAACCAACUGUUUGUUUCAAAGCCAUACAAAGAGGUGAAAUUUCUAAGUUUGCUUUCUUCUUAGGUGGGAUUUACUUCAGUCUGUGUCAUUCUUAAAAAUGUCAGUCUGGGAAUUCUUCAUUAAAGCUUCAUUGUGGUUGGUUGUUUUGUGUGGGCUUUGAAGAGAAGCUUAAAACAGCAGACCCAGUGGUUUCCCUUGUGGCCAGUGUCCGAUUUUUCCAAGGCCUUUACCGGUCAAACCCUCAAAGUGCUUACAAAUUCUACCCCAUUACAUGACUUAUCAAACAGAGUUUAGAAUUCUCAUUAGUUUUUUGUUAUAUAUUUUUAUAUUUUUACUCUUGUGCAAAAUCUCUCUGCUUGAAAAUUGUUUGGCAUAGUGUUAGUCAAAUUAAGCCAAACAGAGGUUUGAUUUAUGUAUAGCAGCACAUUUUGAGUUGCUUUCUCAGAAAUUUGUGUCCUUUUUCCUUCAUUCUGCGUUUGAUCUCCAUUUAACAGGGCUGAAUCCACCAUCUGAGUUAAAUCUGAGACCAGUGUUUGCCAGAAUACCACCUCCACUGUACUCCUGUGAUGACGAGGUACAGCACUCAUGACAUCAAACAUUUAUCAUGACAUAGCUAGUGAAUUCAUGCAAUCAAACUCAACUCUGCAAGGGUGCUUCAUAUUCGCAUCGUGCACAGUGGAGAUGUCCAUUCACGCACGCAUCCCUUAUUAGCACACCCUGAAAGCCACAGACCUCACCCUAAACUGUUCAGGUUAUUGUCCUUGCUAUUGGAAGACGCAGUACAGAAGAAUCCAUUGGCAUGUAGCUCUCAGUUGGAAGUAGCACCCUACUAGUUCUUUAACCCUUUAACUCCCAAGAUCAGAUGGUUAAUUCUCCACUGUAGCUGCUGCACAAUUCUGUUUAAAAUAGUUACAAGAAUUUGGUGUUAAAUCAAGAUUACAAUUUCUACCAGAUGAGUUUCAGUAUUCUCAUUACCUUUUUUACUGGAUGUUGUUUGGAUGUGAAAGGGAGAGGUUACAUGUUAGUCACUUCUGGAAGUUAAAGGGUUUAACAGCAGCUUUAGGCCUCACUUGAACUUCAACAUAUCUUUAAAAAUGCUACGGCAGUACAACAUGUUCAGAUUCUGCAAAAAUCUGAAAGAGAGUUUUUUUUUUGUUCUGAUCAAUCUCAAACUAUAUUUGAUUAUUAUUUAUUAUUGGUUUGUAGCUUGUAUGGAUGAACCCUACUGGAGAAGUGCAUAGUGUUGAAUGGGACAGUACCAUGUGUGUUACAAACAGCGCUGGUCAGUAAGUCAGUGUUUUGAACAGCUUAUUUGGGAAACUGGGUCGAGUGCGUAAAGUCAAAACUAACCAAAUUUGGAAAGACGAUUGCCGAAUAUUUAAACUUACUUUUUUUGUUUACCUAUGAUUCAAACCAUACAGAGAAAGUUGUUUGCUUUUCUUUUUAUGUACUUUAAGUAGCUUCGACUACUUAUGUUUCCGUUGGCUUUGCUACUUUCGCUCCUGUACAUAUUCAGUGAAAGCUACCAUGUAGUCUUGAUUGGUGCUGAAUACUACAAAUAUAAUCUUUACAUCUCCUUUGAAUGUUUAUAAGUAAGAGCUACAUAGCAAAUGAAUAUUUAUGGUCCAAUUUUUUGAUCCCUAUUAUUAUCUCGUAAGGUGCCGAAGUUCGUCGUUUGAUGAACAAAGCUUUCAAGGCUCCUCUGGUCAUGCAACAACAACAGGUGAAGAACGCUUGUCAAACAUUCUUAUAACUGUUCAUUGCUUAAAGAAAACUCACACUACUGCGGCCAUUUUGAAACAUUCCCAUCUUUGUUUAUCGCUGUGGGUGCCUCUUCCCGGGUAACAGUGAGAACUAAUUUUGUUCCAGUGCUUGUCUGUCAUAUGAAAUGCCCUUAUUUGCGAAGGACACGUUGCGGGAUAUGAAAAUACAUUUUAGUAACACAGCUCGUCCAAUUUUCUCGCUGAUUGAGUACAAAUUUUAGUGCGAGACUUACGCCAAAGUUUCGUUGAAGCUGUUUUCUUUUUCAUUUAGCAAGUCCUAAGUGAACUCGAAAAAGAUCCGAAGCUCGUAUAUCACGUGGGGCUUACUCCAAAUAAGGUAAUGUGGACGUGGACUUGAUUCUAAUAAGGUAACUCGGAACAUUUUAGCAUGGGAGUUGUUUUUAUGAAGUAAUGUGUCAAGGAAGAAAUUGCUGUGCAAAAAAUAUUUUGUGCCUUUUUAAAGGACUCUCUGUAAUUAAAUUUUCAAGCUUAACCUUUCUACUCACGCCAUAACCGGUUCUUAAAACUUCGCCGCUUUUCAGCUUUUCCAAAAAUCUGUCAAUUUACUACGAUGUUGCAUUGGUUUCACACAUGAGCCCGCAACGUUCGUGGCAUGCGAAGCCCUUUUUCAGCUCUGUCUCCUGUUACCAGUAUUUACAUGCUUGAUUGUAUUUUGUAGCUUCCUGAUCUUGUGGAGAAUAAUCCACUGAUAGCCAUUGAAGUCCUACUGAAGUUAAUGCAGUCCAAUCAAAUAACAGAGUAAGUAGCCACUCGUCGUUGGUGGAAAGUUAAGUCGAUUCAAGGCCAAGUUUUUGCCAGGAAAUACAGGUUAUGUAUCACGGUAGUUUGGAGAUUUGUAUUCAGACAAAGUUCUUUGGUAGCAAUCAAUAAUCAGUGAAUGCUAAGUGAACCCAGGAUUAGGGAACGACUUCACCAUCAAGUCCGCGUUCUCCAAACUAGCCUUAAAAGACCGGUAUGCCCCAGAAACCAUAACGCUCACUCCUGACAUAUCGAGCUGAACACGAGAAGAGAAAUUUCAUAUCUACAAACAACCAUGUAUUAGUUUGUUAAUUAUAUCAAUACCAUAGGCCCUUACUGACAAAAUAGGCGACUCAGUGAAUGAAUGAGAACGGAUUGAGGAUGGCGAACAGUGUGCCAUUCAUAAAUAAUCUGAUAGAGUAGUGCGAAAGGCGAGCGAGGUAUCAACAGCUGAUUGCCUUUUCUCAGAAAUAAUAAGUUUAUGCGAUUCCUUAGAGUAACUUAGCUUUUCUAAAAUUGUCCCGAAAUGGGUUUAAAAUUUCGACCGUAGAUGCUGCCUUUAUAGAAUCACUUAAUGACUUGGCUGUCUUAAUUUGACGAUUCAGAAUUCGACGCAAAUGGCAGGAACUAAAAAUCUUUCUGUCGUAAUCAGGUAUUUCUCCGUGUUGGUGAACAUGGAGAUGUCUCUGCAUUCAAUGGAGGUCGUCAACAGACUAACAACGGUAAGUAGAUAUAAGAGAAAUUUUCAACUUUGAGUGUCGAAUGUAAUCCGGGAUUGUUUUGGUUUUCCUUUCCCUCUGUGAUUGGUCCAAAAAACUCGCGCCACUCUUUCAACCAAUCGGAUUCAAAACUAACACAAAGCAUGUUUUCCCGAGCUUUAGGUAGUUUGGUUGUUUUCACUUAAGAUAGUAAGAUAAUCUUUAAGGACAAAUUUGCGAACGAAAAUAUUUUAUGUAUUAUAAUACAGCUUAGUUUUUGUUGCUUGGUUGUUUUCAGGCCGUGGAUCUUCCUCAAGAGUUUGUUCAUCUUUACAUCUCGAACUGUAUUUCCACCUGUGAAAAUAUUAAAGAUAAAUAUAUGCAGAAUAGACUUGUCAGACUGGUAUGUCGGCACUUAUUUAUGUGCAUAUCAAAGAUGAGUAGACAAACUUCCUACUCAACUCCAUAUUCAUAACCGCUCAACUCACUUCUUUAUGUUUCUAUCACGUGUCUUAGAUGCUUUAAAUAACAUUAUUUUUUAGUUGUAGUAUUGCGGUGUAGUUCGUGUCCUUAAUCAGCUAGACAGUGCUUCAAUACUUAAUAGAGCAUAUUAAGACGGUCGUGCCUGUUUCUCCAAAUGACACUUGAUUAGUCAUCGUUGUUACGGACACUUUGUUUUUUCCCCUUCAGUGUCCGUUUAAGAGAAGUUGGACCUUGAAUGCCAAGCUUUCUCAUCUUCCUUUUCCUUGCAGGUUUGUGUUUUUCUUCAGUCUCUGAUUCGUAACAAGAUUAUAGACGUAAAGGUGGGUAAAUAAUCAAGGACUAUAAAUACAAUAAAGAGAAUUUGAUUAGAAAGAAGAAUGGCGAACAAAGAAAGCCUCUAAUCUAAACUGCCCUUACUUUUGUUAAGUCUGGCGUAGUGAAGUUUUGCUUGCAGUUCUCCAAUGAUUGAAACAAUCUCACGCUCCUGGAAGGUCAUCGUGUGACACCACCUGCCGUUAUUGGAUCGUUGUUCAGCGGGGAUUACAGUUAAUCCUGAUGGCGUCUUUGCCUUAAUGAGUAAAUGAGACCCACAGGAACCCAAAAAAUUCAUUGAAAUGUCGGCGAGUGUCAACCAUGUCACUUCCGAAACAAUCUCUAUUUCCUAAUUUCAUUACACCGCCCUCUAUGAGACCACUCGUAUGUCAAAUGAUGUUAAUUUCGGAUUCGAGUAUGUUACCUUAAAGGUGGUGUUAACAAAAGAAGAAUCGUCUCAUUUCUAUACAAAACUUUAUUAGUUAGGGAGAUAAAGCUCUGGGAAUAAUUUCAGGUACUCAAACUCAUGACUGUCCGGUGAUCUAAAGGCAGUGCUCUAACCGACUGAGCUAUCAAGCCAACUGAGAGCUCGACAUUUAUGAAGGGCGGAUUACUUCAAAAUAAGUCAUUUGAACUUUGGAAUUAAGAUUUUACCCGAAGAGCGAUCAUCACAUCUAGAGACACAAGUAGUUUUGAGUGAAGAUGGGUUGAUUAGGGUCUGAAAGAUACUCGAAUAAAUGAUUAGAAAGCAACAGGCAUGUUGCGUGUUUCGUUAGUAAACGAAACUCGAUAGCAGCGCUGAGAUAGACAUGGGACCCCUCCCCCUUUGAAUAGCUCAGUCAUUUGAUUUAGCCUCUGUUACUAGCUAAAGAUCCGUGACAGCCUACCAAGAGGCUUGCCAUGUUUUUAGGAAAAUUGCCAGGAGAAAGUCCAUGUGGCUUAGCGAAUUAUUGUUGGGGUUUCUUCUUAUUUUUUUUUCCCCUUUUUUUCAGGACCUUUUCAUCGAAGUUCAAGCGUUCUGUAUUGAGUUCAGUCGCAUUAGAGAAGCAGCAGGAUUGUUUCGACUUCUCAGAACCUUGGACUGUGGUGAAACAAGUCCCGCCGCCACAAAGUAAACGGAAUGAAGUCUUGAUAUCCUACACCACUUGGAAGCGGCUGAUUAGCCUAUGGGCUUUAAAAAGAACUUACUGACUUUUUGGAACGUUUUCCCUUCUACUUCCGCCAGACAAUUCUGAGUCAACCCUUUCACUCCCAUGAGUGACCCUAAAAGAAUUUUCCUUACAAUAUCAAUACGAUAUCAAGCAGACAAGUGAUAAGAAUAAAGAUAAAUAUCAAUUGGGGGAUUGGUUGAGCCAAUACUAAAUUCUCAGAACUUUCAUCGUGAAAAUCGUAUGGCGGAUAGUAAGGAGAAUUACUAAUGAGAUCUUGAGAGUGAAUGGGUCAAGGCAUGAGCAAACGGCAAUAAUGAUGAUCAUUUUACUCACUCUUCCUGUAAUCUUUGAUUCAACCGAGAAGAAAAAUAGAAGCUAAUCUCGUUAGUGCCGACGAAUACAAGUAUUUGUUUCUCUCUAGCGCGCACACAAACGACUUGAGCGCAGUGAAAUGGAAAGAAGUUGAAGUCUUGAUACUUUUCAUUGACCGUAACAAUAACGGUCAAUGACUGGUCGUUAUUUAUCCCAUGGAGAGGUCGGAGGAUUUCGUUUGUGUCACGAUAAAAUUACCUGAUCCCUCCCCUAAGGCUUUGCAAUAUUUUUAUAAUCUCCUUAUCAUUGGCAUUUAAUUUGAAACGGAAAGAAGUUGAAGUCUUGAUAUUUUUCAUUGACCUUAACAAUAACGGUCAAUGACUGGUCGUUAUUUAUCCCAUGGAGAGGUCGGAGGAUUUCGUUUGUAUCACGAUAAAAUUACCUGAUCCCUCCCCAAAGGCUUUGCAAUAUUUUUAUAAUCUCCUUAUCAUUUGCAUUUAAUUUGCAGUCAACCUUCUUUCGUACUUCCUCAAUACUCUGUUGGUGACGACUGAUGCCCUCUCCUUCCCCCUGAAAACCAUGUGAUCCCCAAAAAUUCGUCCAGGCAAUGAUAAGGACUGGUACCUAUUGACACUUGGUUAAGUUCGAGCACUCUUACCAGAAAAUUAAAAACGAAAUGACUUCAACAAAUUUUAAGAGGUCCUAUCGUUUCUGUUAAGCAAGGUGAGCUUUAAAAGUCAAGAUUCAGUCGAGAUUUCGAGCGUCAUUAAGUUACUCAUUUACAUUUAAAGCGCUAGUGGCAAGUCACGGUUUGUUGUUCCCUGUUAUUUAGCUUACUGUAACCGUAUGCCUUUUUAGUAUUGAUACAUGUUCAGCGUAACGUUGGCUUUUUCUUGCUUUGAAAUUUAGCCUACAGUCUGAAUGUCCUCGGCGGCUGUCUUAAGUUUCUUUUUCACCCAAACCUUUGUGAGAUUUCUAUUUCCGGAGCACGUCUCACGUAAAAGGCAAAGCUGUAUGUGGGUCCUUUACACCAAAAAAAUAAGAAAAUAAAAGGGAAGGAAGCCCUUGUUCUGAGUUCUCAUCGGGUUAUUUUAUUACUUUAAGUAGAUCUCUCUUUAAGAUCAUUCGACUUCUGUGAAUGAAAAUAUGCUCCUCGGACAACGAAGCUUAGGGCAGGAUCAAGCCUGUUGUCGAGCGUUACUCUAUUCGGAGGAAAGUGGAAAAAUAUCUUAAAACGCGGAUGGUGGAAUUUCCUAAAUCACAGGAUGAAACAAUACUCUUAACCGCGGAAUGAAAGAAUAUCCUAAAACGCGGAACGACAGCCAUCAACGAAAAUAUCUGUUGACGGUCAGUAGUUUAGAGAAGGCUGGAGGUAGUUGUAGGGGUUUGACAGAUACUUAAAAAGAGUUGCUUCUAAGAGGCAGUAUAAAUCAAUUCACAGAAAAAUAGCCACGUUGUUUAGGGACAUUGUUAUUCUUCAGGUCCGCAAAUUUCUCAGAUCGAUCUUGUUUAUGGUGAUUUUCGUUUGAGAACGUACACGAAGACAGCACGAUUAGUCAUCAAUAAGAAAAGACAAAAUGAUUCGUGUCGGAAGGUUAUCGCAUUUCAUGAUGCCCAUAAUCAAAAAGAGGCGUUCACCCGUCAAGUGAAGAUCCUCAGAAGGGAGAGGGGGCAAGGGUUGAUUCACCACAAAAUUAUCGGAAGGAGUGUUCCGUCCAGAGUCAAACCAAAAACACGACACUUUCCACACCUGUCUUCACCUUCAGCCUCUAAAAUCCAUACCCAUUUUUAAAUCAAGCUUUUAAGAGUCGCACUUUGCUUGCGAACCAUGAAUUGUUUCAGCGUAACCCAGAAUUAUGGUAGAUUAAUUAAUUUAAGUUACUUUCUCCGUUAUCCAUUCGAGACAAAUGCAUUUGAGAUCUCGCAUGGUCGAUUCAAAAUCACGAUAAGCAGUCUUUUCAAACCAAAAGGGCUCAAGAUAAUAACUCUUAACCCUUUUACACCCAGAGGAGAUUAACAUGCGACUUCUCCUUUCAGUAUCCAUACUUUAUCCAGCAAACAGGUAUGAGAAUACUCAAACUUAUCAGGCAUAAGUUGUUGAUGUGACGCCAAAUUCUUGGGAUUCAUUUAUAAAGAAGUGAGUAGGAGAGGGCAUUAGGGUCUAUUAGAAACCGCAAAACCGUAGAAAAAUCAUCCAAUACCGCAGAACCGCAAAAAAAAAAAAUUCGAUUAAAACCGAAAACCACACGCAAAACCGUCGAAACAGAUAAGUUUUCACAUCCCUGUAAUCAAAAUCCUAAUCGAUCCGAUACAGUCAGCGACAAGUGGAGUAUACAGAGGUUUCAUGGCUAUUCAAGAUCAGUAGAGGCGCAUACUUGCCGCUCAGAUCAAGGAGAAAUCGGAAACCAAACAGGAAAACCCGAAAACCACAUCGGAUACCAAAUCCGAAAACCCGAUAGCAUUUUUUACUAAAACCGAGAACCAAAUGCUAAGAAAUGGAAAAUCGGCAAACUGUAAUGAACACCAACCGAGAUUUGGCUCAAAAACUGACAAAUUGGUCUAAAAAAUAACCAAAAUUUCAAUGUCCUCAUCUUAUAGCCACCAGUGAGGAGGAUUCACAAACAGAUCUUGGGUUAAAGCGGCGCAUGCCUAUGUGGCUUAUACACAGGGGAAUUCCAAAUGAAGCUACAAGACACUCGAAAAGGUAGAGUGGUUUUAAUGGGUUUCCCAUGACCGCUUGAAGGCACGGCCAUAUUUACAUUCAGGUAAAAAUAUCCAAAACGGCCGGAAAAUGUUCAUUAAAUUCACUAUCAGUAAGAAUUUUUUUUGUACCUGUUAAACUACACCCUGUAAAUAAAGACAAAAUCACAGAAUUCCUGUUUGUGCGAAAGUAAUAAUUUAUGAGACUACAAAUUAACAAAGUAUUUGCGACAGCAAUUUUUUUUCAGUUAAAAUAUCCUCAGGCUCAUGUGAUAUAUAGGGGUAGUAGGGUAAGUCUCUCUUGCAAGAGUCAAAUGGAAAAAAUUGCACUAGAUUUUACUUUCUAUCAUUUGUUUCUCGAAUUUCGUUCUAUCAUUAUUCAAACGUAGUUUUGAUUUCUCUCAAAUGUAAGCAAAACGAUCUUUAAGUGCACGCGCUGCAUAAAAAGAUUUAAUCAGAAGACUUUAAGUCAGUGUUGCAACAGGUUCCAGGUUUCCGAAAGAAGACGUUUCCAACAUCUUUUUCAAUCUCAUCGGCUCUACAUGCAAAAGCCUCCGUGAAGCGAUGUAAGUUCGUCUUUUAAUUGUAAAUGUGGGACUCGAAAGCAAAAUCAUGAGGUCGGCUGCUAAGAUCCAUCUUAAAAUAAUCACCCGUGCGGUGAAUAAUUGAUGCAAUGUGGGCAGUCUAAUGGGUAACAUUAGCUUGUUAUUUUACGAAAGCGUGGCCUGCUGGUAAACCACGGGUUAAACAAUGUCGGAUCUAUACGUGCGCCUUCAGGAAACUGAUCACGUGUCUUUGUAAAAAGGGGAAAUACUUUUAACGUAGCUGGAGCGAAACAUGUAGAAGGAAACACGGAAACUGCAAAAGUUAUAUUGUCACACCGAUACUACAGAAAAUUGCGUUUGCAAUGUCAAUCUGUGAUUCUUUCGUGCAUUUCAUUUUGAUGAAAUAUGGAACCGCUGGUACUUGUUAUAAAAUUUAAAUAAAUUUUGUUAUGUUUCUCACGAAAUCAAUGAAUAAAUGUAAAAUAGCUAGGCUCAUGUCAAAGCCAAGCAAGUUAUAAAAAAAGUAUUUAGUGAUUAAAAGAUUUUCUUCCUUGUUUUUCCCUUUUUUGUGAUCUACCCGACUUAGAGAAGUGUAGUGAGAUGCAUUCAUCUUGAUAGGAAUACGUUUUUUCUGCCUCGGGCGGUCAAUUCCUACCAUUUUUGAAUGUUUUAUUCAAGACGAAAGAUAACCUUUGUAGAUAAGCAAGCCACUCCGAUAUUUGUGACUUUCCCUGCUUUUAGUGGUGAGAGACUUAAAACCAGACCAGAACCAACACUUUAACCGCGAUGCUUUGAAGACGGAUUGUAGGUAGGUGCCCCGUUUUUUGAUAAUCCAUCUAACAAACCUGAAAUGUGAGUUUUCAAAGUCGAAAGCUUAAAACUUGUAAUUUUAAAUUAUACUUCAAUGAAAUUCAAUCGACGCGGAAGUCGGAUUUUCCACGCUUUCAACGCAAAUGAGAUUCAACAAUUAUCAAUGCAGAAUAAAAGUUUCGUAGGCACUUAAAUUGCCGAUGUUGUUUAGUGCGGUUGGAAGCUCAAACCGCGUCGAUGGAAAAAAUAAAAUUUUUAAGGUAAGGAAGGAACAAGUAGGUUUUAGAAAUCCGAUGAACUGUGUUAGGAUUUCUAUUGUCAAUAAUUUCAUUUGUAAAUAAUAUUUAGACAACCUGUAAAGCUAUUGUCCUGCAAAGCUAUUGUUUGUUCCGGAACAUUUACUUCACUUCCGUUUCCAAGUGCCCGGAUGAGCAUGUUGUUGAGAUUAACCUAAAAAAUUGUGAUUACUUGUAAUUGAACUCAUGGGUCUGCAGAGUGGCGAUUGUCUGCUGUAGAAUGCCUCCCUCACCAAUAAGUAUACCCAGGAAACUAGAUUCUUUUGUGUAAGAAUCUAGUGUACAUUAUACCGGCCUUCGAACAAACGAUCGAGCAAACAUGGGUUGAAAUGAAAUGAUUUUAACAGCAUGGUAGCCAUUCGGAGGGUGAAACGUUUGGUGCAGUUCUCGGUGCUCGCUGUUUUCCUCGCUACGAUACUACUGUUUCUUCAAUGGAACGAGAUAUCGGACUCGGAGAAGCACAAUACUGCCAAAAGAGGUAAGGAAAUUCCUUAAAAGUUUCCUAUUUACGCCUGACUGGAUGUUUGAAUGUUGUUUUCCAACCACUUGUGCUGUUCAUUUACGCUUACAUUCUUGUGUCAAUAUCGUACCUUAGAUCGCGAAAAAAUUGAAGAGUUUGUCUGGUUAAUGAUUUGUUUUCUUUGAUUUUGAUUUUCAGCAAAAACGUCCUUUAAUGUGGAGAAGCAAGACCUAUCGAAGACCUUCUUAAGCCCUGAUCGGGAAUUUGAUGUUAAUGAAAUAUUUAAGGUAAAUACAAGGGUCCAUUGUAGAGUGAAAUCUUGUAUCGUACUGAGACAAAUCAAGAAUCUUUGAUUGAUUGAGGAAACGAACCUUUUGCUUAGUUAGUUAUAGUUAUUUAAAGACGUUUUUUUUCUCUGUAACAGCAAAGGAAAUUUCAUUUUUUCAGAACAAGGUCUAUUUUUAGAAUGUCGCAACACCUCGCUGUCUGAUGAACUGAUUUCUAUAUUAGUAAUUGCGAUUUCAUAUCAGUUUACCUCAGUAUUGGCGAAACAGAGAGAUUUGAAUUUAAGGGAAAAAUGUUUUUUUUUUAUUCAAAGCUUCUCGAUUAAUUUACUCUGCUGUUUUACGGAAGCGAAUGUAGUAAUUACCAGCAUUCCGACAAAUCGAAGGAAUGUUUCAACGUGAUAAAUUACACCUUGUGAAGGAAUGCUUUAAUCAGCUUUCACUUUAUAACAUGUGCGAUAUCCCACAAAAUUAAACAGCAUUUCGUUUUGCUCGAAUGUAUUAUUGUAAUUAUCAAAAUAGUUUAUCUGAUAGAGACAUUUAUAUUUCUUGUUUCGAGUCACGCUCUAUGAAUUUGUACUUGCUUGGCAGCUUAAGAGCGUUGAACGUGUGGCUGAACUUCAAGUAGCACAGUGUCACGCCAUUGUUACGCGUUUAUCUAAAUCUAAUUUGAGGGUCCUUCAAGGAAAUAUUGCCUUUUCUUUCUUCUCCCAAGCGUCAAUUGACCAAAAAAAUAUGAAUAUCGAUUCUUUCUCUGCGGUUUCCCGUAUAUUAAUCCAUUCGAAAAUAUGAUUGUUUGGUUUCGCGCCAGAUGUAAACAUGCAAAUAGUUUUAGAUUUUACAGAAUCACUGUUCGAUCGUUAUUUUACUUCGACCCGUCAGUAAUAACCAUUUCCUUUUUUAAUUCCAGCAUUUGCUUUCUUUGCUGAAGGUUUAAAAAUAAUAAUUGCCAUUAAGGGAGAUUUGUUAUGCUUCUCUUUCAACCUAAACAACACCCCAAAGAUCAUGAAAAUUCUAAUUAUUAAAACUUCAUGACUUUGGUCACCCAUGCAAAAAGCAGAAUUGCAAUGAUAAUUUUCUGAAGUUCCCAUGCCAAUUAAUUUUUUUUAGCUUAGGUCUUGCUACAGUUUUGUUUUUCUGAGAAAAUGAAGGUAUCAUUUUUAUUCAUUUAAACGUGUAGCGUGCAAUAAAAAAGUAAGAUUUCACUUCUGUGUAAUGUAUCUGUGUAUAAAAUUGUCUCUGAAAAACAUUUUCAUUACUGUAAUUUUAAAUGCUACGUUCCUGUAAUUGAAACUUAAAUUAACUUUUAACGAAUGAUGAUUAUUUUUCGGCAGAAAAGGACCCCUCACUGGAGUAUAUUCAGUACUUUUAAUUGAAUGUUUGAUCCUUUUGAGUUUGUGUAAACUUCAUCUGGUGACCGUAACUCAAUAGAUGUGAUCAAAAGCUUUUAGAUUAUGUUGCCAAUUGAGGGAUAAAGUGUGAUACUGUUGACUUUUCAGCCUUUCAUUUUUAAUUGUCAUUAACAAUUUGAAAAAUUUUGCUCUUAAAGCAAAGAGGGAUUUUCUGAUGGCAACCUACAUUGUACUUAAUAUUCUAGCAACACGCUCUAAAAGAAAAUGAUCUGGUACACUUUCAAGAGUCAAUUUUUUUUUUUUCGUGUCAAACUAAGAAUUGCAAUUUUAACCACAGUUUCCUAGACAAAUGUUGGUAAAAUAAUUAUUGAAAAGCUCAACAGUCAUUUAGAAAAAUGUUUUUUUUUUUGCCUGCUAAGCUGUGAAUGUAACAUGUCACCACAGAUGACUUUGUUAGUGCCCUUCGUGGGAAAACAUAUAGGUUCUUUAAUUUCAAAUAGCUAAAUGUCUCCUGAUUUCAGUUUCUCUUGGUGAUCUUUGUUGUCUGUCUGCAUACAAAACUCAAUCGUGAAUUGGGAAAGAUAAAAAGGUGAAGAAUUCUUAGGUGAAAGUCUGAAAGAAGCCUGUGUGUAAGAGGAAAAAUUAAAGAAGUCCAACAAGGAAUGGCAGAAAAAUAUAACGGAAGUGGAAAAGGGCUCUUGGUCUGGGCAAUGUUGCUGCUCAUACUUGACCAGUAACCAUUAACAAGUUAUGUCACGUGGAGUAGACUAAGGUCUGUCAUGAGCAACUGUUAGAUAGUGUCCUGCAAAAUAUGUUUUUGCUGUGAGUCUCCUGAUAUUCUGCAGGACACCAGUCUUCAGAGUGUUGACCUAACUUGACAUGUUGUCACCCAAAGGCAUUAAAUGUUGGUAAAACUUUGGCAGCAAAAAAAAACGACAUUUUUGUAGGCAUGUGUCUUUUUUGAAAAAAAUUUAUUGGAUAUGGAAAUAUCUGUGAGGGAUUUCCAUUUUUCAAAAUUGAUGUCUUUCAAGUUGGCAAACUACACAGUGGUUUUAGCCUGCCAUUAGCUCUUGUUCAUAGCUGUGAGUCUGUCCUUUCUUAAAACAUAAAAAUAAUAUGCUUGAAAGGCAAAGGUGAGGAGGUUUAUUGUAAUGUCAGGGGGGUGUCAAUUCAAGAUGAUGCAUAUAUUCUCCAGGCAGUUCUCAAUACAUUUCUAGAGGUGCUGACAAGGGGAAUUUGUUUCACAAUCAAGAUAUCCUUUAGCAGGUGAUCAUUUUCUUUAUUCUCCUGGCCUUAAAGUGAAAUUCAGAGGUGAUAUUGUAAGGAAAAAUUAGAUGCCAGUCACUCUUAGGGUUCAUUGGGUUAAAAGCUGGUGGCCUGAUAGUACAUAUAUGUAGUCUUUCAGUUUUAAAAUACUUUUAUGCCCACUCUGUGAUUAUUUCCUGCAGCUUGCUGCUCUAAUGUAAUCUAUUACUUUUUUCAUCUAGGAAAUAAAUGGAAAUGGGGAUGCAGCCAGUGAUGAAGAAGAUGACUGGAAAACAGUAUUUAACGAGAAAGCAAAACACCAAGUGGAGAAGAAAAAGACUUUUAAUGGUGAGCCAUGUUUGAAAAAAAAGCACACUUGGCAUCCUUGAGUUCAAUAGAUUUAUUACUGCCUCAAUACUCUCUUCUUGGACAUCUAUAGCAGAUAUUCUGUUUAAAAAAAAAAAAAAAAAAAAAAAAAAAAAAAACACUAGCUGUAGUACAUUGUAUUGCAUCUCAUAGUGUUUUUUGUUCUGUGGUAUGGAAAUUUCUCAUUCCAGAGAUGGAAACUGAGCCAAUAGCAGAACUAAAGCAAUUUUCAUGAACAGUAUGCAGUUAGAGUGAGAAAUGUUUUCUUGAGUUGUCGCGAUGGGCGAGUGAGGACCACAUUCACACAAACAUAAACUCAACAUGGCGGAUUUUAUUCUCUACAUGCCUCUCCGUUUCUUUGCAUGUGUUUUCGGGAAUCCCGCGGGGGAUCCUGUGUUACUUAAAUCUCGCGGAGUAACGCUUCUCCGUGACAUGAGUGCAUUAGUUUGACAUAGUUUGUUUCAAAGGUUAGUCCUGAGAUUUGUAGAGACUACAAUAUACAUUUACAUCAAGUUCAUAUAAAAUUGUAAACACAGUUGUAAUAGAUGGUUAGUGGAGAGAAUGGAACUUUACUGCCGGUCGAAACUAUUUUGCUACAAAAGGAAAAAUUUUCUAAGCUGAGACACAACACACCACCCAAGUUUUAUCAUUUGUUCACUUACUGUAACCUUUUUCUUGAUAGUAUCAAAGGUAUUGAAUUAAAUUACGAUCAAAAGAAAAAAUAAUUGUAAGCUGAGACACAACAUACCACCCAACUUUCUUCAUCUGCUCUCUGUUCUGCAAAUAAUCUUUUGUUAACCCUUUUACUCUCAGAAACUAAAUGUCAAUUCUUUACACCGACUGUCAUACAUUUGCUAUAAUUUUAGAUCUAAGAACUUGAUGUGAAAUCAAGUGAUGUUUCCUAUUAUUUACUAAGCUGAUUCUUGAUUGAUUCUUAAUACCUAUGAUCUAAGGAAGGACAGAAGCAUGCAGUUAGAUGACUUCACCAUUAACUGUAUUUUGCUUUUUUAUCCAAAAAAAAUAGAUUCCACAACACUUUGGGUCUCAAAAUGUAGAAAGAACAUCAGUGAUCCACUUGACAGCACCUCGUGUCCCUUUUUUUUAUUCUUUCCACAUUUUGAUGUUAUCCGUGAUCUACAUGUAUUACUGUACAGACUCACUGCAACAUGGAAUCUACUUUUUUAAGUUUAUAUUUUUCUAACUUCUUGUUACCUUUCUACAUGUAAAUGUUUGGAUAGUGCAAGGCAAUAUUCAUAUUUGGUCACUCCUCAUAGUGACAGAGUUAAGGAUUCAAUUUUCUUUUAAAUAUUCCUGUUUAAAGGAAAAUGGAGAGAGACAGUUGGAAGGGAGAACAUUGGCCAUGUUGACAAAAGGAAACUGAAUCAAAUGCCAAAUGAAAGUGAAGCAUUGAAUUUCACCACUCCCAGUACAACAACUCUCAGUGGAUUAAGGGUGCUUUCAACUCUUCAAAAUGAAACUACCCAGAGUGUUCACAAUGAAAAGAAAAAAGCAUUAGGGAAAGCUUCUAAAAUGCACAGCAAGGAAUCACAUGGUGGUCACCAUCAAGAACCUAACCCCACCUGGACAAAAUUUCCAUGGGGAGAAAACGUAUGUUUUUUCUUUUUAUAACCCUUUUAUUUGAUCAUUUCUUUGGUUUAAGAAUUAUAAAUACUUUUGGGUUUUGUUGUCUUUGAGUAUGUGCAAGAGCCAUUACCUCUUUGGAAAUCAUCUUUAAUAAACCCUUGAAUUCUUAAGAUGCUUCAUUUGCAUGGACAUAAUGUAGUUCUCUUUGUCAUGCAGCAUCUGCAUGUUUUCAUUUGAAUUUGAUCCUUUAAACCCUAAAAUUAGUACACAUAUUCUCUAUAUUGCAAUAUUUGCAUUUGCUGUGGUGUUGACCAGGACAGUUGGUUUGACAAUCAAGAGCUGUUUUAGUUGGUGAUCAUUUUCUCUAUUGUCACGACCUUAACCCUUUAGCACCCAAGAUCUCAUUAGUAAUUCUCCUUACUGUCUGCUAUAUAAAUCUUGUGAUGUUAGCUUGGAGCAUUUGGUAUUGGAUCAACCAGUUAUUCCCAAAUUGAUAUUUUUCUUUAUUCUCAUUACUUAUCUGAUUGAUAUUGUAUGGAUAUUGUAAGGAGAAAUUCUGUCUCGGUCACUCAUGGGAGUUAAAGGGUUAAUGAAGAUUUUAGAUAUAUGAAAAUUCAUAUAUUUGCACUACGGUGGAGAGAUGCAACUACUCGUUUCAGUAGUGUUCUUAGCUAAAGGGUUAAUGUUUGAGUCAGCAGUACUGAAGGAGAAAUUGGAUACUAGUCACUCUUAGGUGUGAAAGGGUAACUCAAGAGUAGUUUUAACUGUUAUCAGCUUUUUCAGUUCAAUGAUUUCAUUGGACAAAUGAAAAGAACUGAUAUUCAGGUUAAAAAAGAGAGGGUCUGGGCUCAAGGGUUUUUUUUAAUAAGGAUUAAUAAGGCGGAAAGUAAUUAAUAUUUAAAAAUAAGUGUGCCUUGUUCAUUUAAAACUAAGUGUGCCUUGUUGCUUGUGUCUAUAAAGAUGAAGAAUUUAUUGUCUGGUUUUUGUGUCCUUCACACAUCCUUGUUCAUGUCCAUAUUGUAUGCUUGUACUGUAAAUUGAAUAUCACGUCUCUUAUUUUCAAGAUGGUUGGCGCAUUAAAUGUUCACGUUUGGCAAGCUUGGUGUGGUAGCACAAUUCAUGAUUUGCGUAGGAACAGAUUUUUCCCGCUGUACCCAGACAUUCGCUUGACUGUGAAGAAGUUCUUUCUUCGUCACAUGCAAGCCGACUAUGGACAAAGAAUAUUUGGUUACGUUCAUCCCCCUGUCUCAGGUAUCAAGCGCUUGUGCAAGUACCAGUAACAUGCGAAUUAAAAAAUUGAGAUAGAUUGUUGGAAAAUUUGUUUUGCGCUGCCGUCAAUCAUGUUGUGGCCUGUCACGAAACAGGAGCUACGUUUCAGGGGUUCGGCAUUUGGUCAUAUCCUGGGCUGUGAUAGGAGGAUUUUGAUCCAUUUCGGUAAAUUCUGCUUUUUCGUGUCUGUAACGUUAAUGAUAGACGGCAGCAUGAAACGAAAUGCAAGUUUGACUCGUAGGCUUGGAGUCUGCAUGUUGCUAUUAGGAACUAUAUUGAAUUUGUUAAAAUAGCAGAAAGCUUUAUUCUUUUAUUACUUUUUACGUUUUCUCGGGUUUGAUCGUCGGUCCUUCCUCGAGCGAAGCGGACGUAGAAAUGCAAGCUCUUUUCUUCGAGCAGUAGAUGUAAUCGAGCCUAAGGCGCAAAUGUGUAUUGUUUGUAAUGGUCAGUGUUCCUAAUGAGUUGAUAAUGUAAAUUUGCCACCGUAAAGGGUUUUUAAAGCUGACGUUUCAAUCGUUACCCUUCUUCAGAGCGAAACACGUAGGGGUAGCGUUCCAAGUAUCAGCUUUGAUGGCCAAUUUACCGUGUCAACUCAGUUGAUAAACCAGAUUAUCUCGUAAAACCCCCGCGGACGCAGCAACACAGUUUCUUUAGAAAAUACCCUCUUUGCUACAAGUAUCAAGGAUACUCAGUUUCGCUUUUGUUAUUUCCAGGGAAGUACACGUUUGCCAUUUCGUCAGACGAUAGUUCAGAGCUCUGGUUGAGUUCAGAUGAUACUCCUUCAAAAGUGAAACUCAUAGCUUGGGUCGGAAAUCGCACUUUGCUCAGUGGCACCUUUAAAACCAAAAUUGCACAAUUUGAUAAGUACAGAACACAGCUGUCACGUCCAGUGCUUCUUCGUAAAGGACAGAAGUACUUCAUCGAAGCUUUGCACAAGCAAGGAAAUCUACAAGAACACAUUUUGGUGGGCUGGAAGAUGCCUGGUUCGCAUGAUUUUAGACAUCUUACUGGAUCCUCGAUUUCGGCGGCGAUCAACGAUACAAUAGCUCCAAAAGAUGUAACAAAGUAUGCUAAUUUUAUACCGCAAGACCUUCCGAGUCACUCGCAUUAUAGAACGAGCUUAAAACUGGAUCAGGAUGUGUACAAAUUUGGAUCGGAAGAUUUGCGUGAUGUGGCACAUAAAGCAAAUUUCGUGGACGAGCGCGAUAUAGAGAACAUAUUCCCGACUUGUCCUUACCAUCCCAGCUACUUGGUGGACUUCAAAUUGAAGCGUUACGAAGGCGUGCAUUUGAUUCACGACACUUCUCGUUUUCCCGAUGAUUAUUCCGAGCUUAGUCACAUGAGACAAUACGACCGAUGCGCGCUAUGGAGAAAUCUAGAUUCCCAUGGCAACCAGGUGAGCUCACCGCCACCAAAACCGAGAUCUGAACAAAGACAGCAGGAAGAUUCUCAUGGUAGGCGAAAUAGUUCUCUGCCACCAAACCCGAGGUAUAAAAAAAUGCUCUAUGAAGAUGGCAGUAUAGCUGUGUUUAAGAACAGCAAGGUAUUCUUGCCUUUGUCUUUAGCGAAAAGUGCAGCAGAGAAGGAGAGAGUUAAAGAGCAGUUACUUGAGACACAAAUGGACUUGCUGGAUAUGAAAAGACUCAGUCAAGUCGCUGACCAGCAGGCCUCUAAGUCGAUGGAAGAUUCAUCUUUUGUGGCCGGUGACUCUUCAGAGAAAAAUGAUGAAGAGAACGAUUUUGAGAAGAAAGAAAGAGUGAAGAGGAGAGGCUCAGACGCCGUUUCUAUAGACAGGUCCAAAAAGAGGACUUCAAGAAAAAGAGAGUCUGUUAAAAAGCAAACGAAUGAUGAAAGUAAGAUUAGACAUUCUGACGGAAAGCCUCAGCAACGUUCGCGCGUUGAGAAAGUCGUGGAAAAGAGACAGUCACGUGAUGCGCCUCUCAGUUCACGCGAAGAAACCUCACGUGAUUAUGCCAUGCGCCAAUCAAAUGGUUAUGUGAGUUCAAAGGGCAACCAGCGUAAAUUGUUGAGCUACAACUCGAAGAGCGCGAGAUCAAUCGACAGCAUUACGGUUUCUACGAAUGUACCAAUGAGUAAUGAGAAAAGAAUUGGUAAUGUCUCGUCCCUUGAGGCCAUACCAACGAGGAGACAUUUGCCCUUCACGGGGCGAGUUUCAGAUGGGUCGUUGCACGAGGUCGUACAGACAGGAAGACAACGUUUUAGAAGUUUUUCUCCAAUUUCAUAUAACCUGGCUGAACUAGUUCCUCAGAGAGAGGUGAACUCAAGCUCCAACAGUCUACAACAGCGCACUAGAGGACGUAUUUCGUUUUAUCCUGUUGACGAGGAAGACGAUCGCUUGACUCGAAUGAACUCCGCGAGAGAGUUUGUGCGCAAGAUGAUGUACGCAGCGCAGAUGUUUAACCAUCGCGUGAAUUCGCGCACUCUGGCGGAAGGUGUGCGCAGAAAAUUCGGAGUGGCGUUGAAGAUUCCUAACAUAAUUAAAGCCCCUGAUUACAACGGAUGGGUUUUUCAUCAAAACAGGACAAUGUGCGCAAGUGAUGGAAACUUGUUGCUGAAUGAUGCAGUAAGUACUUGGACGCAGUUAACACCUACUAGUUUUCCUAGGAAGCGGAGAAAAGUGGAGACUGUCAUCCAAUCUGCCUCUGAAGGAAUUUUCCUACUUAUUUAGUAGAUUUAAUUUAAAUUAAACACGGCCGGUCUUUGAUGUAGAGUGUCUUUUUGUAAAAUACAAUGAUGUUUGUUAGUCUAUCCAAAUGUCGAGGGUAUCAUAGGAAUUAAGUGUCGUUUGAGAAUUAAUUCCUUUACUAUGGUGUUUUUGUUUAUGUAAAUCUUUUCAUGAUCACUCAUGGGUUAGGAACAUCAGUUUAUAGGUCAAGGACAUUUUCUGUACCGAACUGUGGGCUGCUUUUUUUUUUUCUUUUUUUCCAUCGACUGAGUGAUGUAGUCUCAGGUCCAACUUAUAGUUCUAAACGUGUGAUUCCGAAUUUUAAAAGCACUUCCGAUCUGCAUUUAAGUCAAGGUUCCAAUUUGAACAGGUGUGAGUUAAUGUGUGAGCGCCGUCCCUGAUAAUGUUUGUUUUUGUUUCUGUACAAAGGUGGCGAACAGUGUUGUGAAUCGAUACAUGCGUGCCUUGAGACAAGCAACGAACAGGUUAGAACUGAAACAUCGCAAAUAGGGAAAUUUUUUGAAGUUUUGAAGUUGCCUGUGUGGCUGACGAUUUUUUGUGCGCUCUACAGUUUUUCGUGCGCUAAAGCGAUUCGCGACGAAGCUGCCAAUUGAAACUCUCUCUUUCGGUUUUCUCUCUGAGUGCGCUUUAAUGGAGAUUUUCGUCAGAGUUUUAAGAUAAGUUUUAUUUCUGUUUAUUUACAAUGAUAUUUUAUUGAAUUUUUCAGCAAGUACUCCUUGAAGAAUAUCGUAAACGUCGAAGAAAAUCACGAUGUGUUAAAAGGAGAUAGAUAUCUUAUAGACCUGGUAAGCCAGUGCUUUAUUUAAUACUGUUAGUAACUUUCUCUAACUCAAAAAAAUAUAAGAAAACACUCUGGAAAAUGCAGUUGAACUAAAGGGAGACACAAAAUAUUUCAAGAUUGGGGGGAAUUGCAUAGUGUCUCGUUCUUGCCUCUUAAUACAACUCUCGAGCACCAUUUUAUCACACAAUAAACUGCACCUUGUUUAUGAACUGAAACAAUUCUUUGUUUUUUUUCAGGAGCUCGAUGUCGAAGGGAAAAGUAAGUAGUCAAAAUAUUGGUUAAUGUUUGAGGUAACGGGAUCACUGUAGUUUUCUAUUCGAUACUCUGGGCGAUGAUUUUGCCCUCGCGCAUACGUAACACUCAUCGUCUCAAGGUCUCCUUAUAUGAACCAGUAAACCGAGCUGGUUGGCCGAGCAGUGAGAACUGAAAGUUCAAUCAGGCAAACUGCCUGAAGCGCGGGCAAACGCAAAUGGCCUUGUCUCAUUUCCUCGAACAUUUAGAUCUGAUUGGUUAAGAUGGUGGCGCGAAUUUCUGGAUCAAUCGGAGAACUUAUUGAAGUAAAACCAAUGCAAUCAUAAACCGCUCUCAACAUUGUAUUUUAAAUUGCUCCAUAAACUUGAGGCCUCCUCAUUAACUUUUUGCGGUUGUCUGUGUUUCGCAGAUUCUUCAGUACGGUUGUCACAGUACGUCUAUCAGAAAAUUGGCAAGACGGAUUUCUGUUUGCCGAAGGGAUUUGUGCUGAAUCAACAUGCUACGGUACACAUUAUCAUUCCAGGUUAGAAAAUAACAAUCUUUUUGUUUGAGACUUUUUUUCUAAACUUACGUCUAGCGGGAAUAAAUUCCCUGUAUUGCGUGCAUUUCUUUGGUUGGAAAGCCUAUAAUGUUAAAACAAAAAGUAAAACAGGCUUUCUAUUACAAGAUGACUUUAAAUUGCAACGCAACUUAGCUUAAAUGUUCAACAAUACUGCGUGAUAAACAAUUGUAUAGUUUCGUCAAGGCCUCCUUAUCUUCCCUUUGUUUUCAUUUGCCCCUGUACACUCUAAAAUCAGUAUGUAUAUUCCUCAUACUGUUUUCCAUACAUUUCCCGUGGAGAAUUCGUUUAACAAUCAAGAGCUGCUUUAGAUGGUAAACUUUUCCUUUAAUCUCUCAAGUUUUAUGCGUGAUUCAGAGCUGAUAUUGUUGGGAGCAUUAGAUGCUGGUCGCUCUUAUAAGUCAAAAGGAUAAAGAGGUUAAGAGUUUUUGGGAAGGAAAGGGGGAGGGAGGCGAAGCUUCUUGGAGAAAAAGAGAGCUACUGCUGUAACCUACUAAGGAGCAUGUGUUCAAAAUCCUGGUUUUUAUUGUUCCCGUUUGUACGUUUUUCAGUCAAGAAUCAAGGCAAAUGGGUGCAGCAUUUUAUUGAUAACAUGGUGGAGGUAAGAAUGGAUGUUUGUACCGCAAGUGAGCCGGCUUGCCACCAGAAGUAGGUGGUUCCAAUAAAAUUUGCUAUGAAUGUGAAGUUUAGAAUGGCAGGGAUGAAGUUCUGAGGGCCUGGAGAACCUUUUGUUCCCUAGGGAGGUCUAAGCUCCCCUCUGAAAUUUUGAAGGCUUUUGUAGUUCUAGACUUGUUGACUUUCAAUUUUCAUUAAACCAGGACAAACUCGUUACUUCAGUAUUGUUCCUUCGUCUCGUCUUGUCUUGUCUUAUGCUCCGGGUUUCUUGAGGGUAGAUGAUGUUUUACCCUUGUAAUUGUUGCGUAUAUUUUUCUUCAGCUGUACUUAGAGACAGGUGAUCCUCAUGUAAACAUUAUCAUUGUGGACUUCAGUAGCACAGACAUUGAUGUGGAAGCUGCCCUAGAACGAAGCCAGUUGAAAAGGUGAAUAGGAAGGUGUUAAUCAGUUCUAAAAAGGAUCGUAGCCGAUCAUGGAUCCUGGUAAUAAUCAAGAAAAUAAGAAUAAACUUUGUUGAAGGGGCGUUUUUUUAUUGAAGAUGCACAAAUUUUCACACUGGGUUAGCAGUAUUAAUUCGCCCUGCCUAAAGGUUGAGGAAAAGGUGAAUGUUCGCAUGAGAGACAGAGGGGGAGUUACGGUUAUAUGCAAAAAUUCAGCUUAUCAGUGAUGUUCCACUUUUGAACCGAGAAUGUCAGUAUUGGCCAAUCAUGUGAUAUUGUUUCUAGUUUUGAUUGGGUGAGGGGCAUUUUUUACACUCCUUUUUUAUUUGAAGUCUUAUUAUUUAAUGUCCCUGUUUGGAAACUUACUGAGGUAAUCUUCGUGUUUAUCUUUUUCACUUUUAGAUACCAAGUGAGAAAAUUAAAAGGACCUUUUCAGAGAGCAUACGGCAUUCAAGCUGGAGCGGCGCUAGUUAAGGUUUGUUUAAGAAGUCAAUCAAUAAUUGCAUAAACUUUUAGACGAUCGAUCUGUGAAAGCAGAUCGCUGGAGUAUAAGGUUUUGAGGAUCUUUCAUCCCUAGCCAUAUGUUACGUACAUUUUGGGGCUUGGACGAAAAUCUUGUGUGAAUAUCGAGUUAGGAAUAUUUUUACAAGUGAUCGAGAGAAGAAGUGUGGAGUCGUUUUCUUAAAGGUUUGUGUACCAUCUUAAGAAAUGUAGACAUAUGCGGUCCGCUCCGUUUUUUCUCCAUCUUCAACAAUCCUUGUUCCUUUUUCUUUUAUUUAAAUUGUGUUUUUGGUUUUGGCAUCAGCAAAUGGUUGUCUACUUGAUAAUCGGAUGGAAAGAGCUGGUUGCUUUUUUGUUGGGUUUAAUCUCAAUUCCUAUAUACCACGGAGGUGAAUAGUGCUUUUCUUGCGCUGAUUGGCCAGCUCAUAUGUGAUUAGCAGGCACUGUUAUCGUCGGAGUAACCAAAAAGAUAAUAUCGCGCGUCAAAAGUUUCACUUCCGACCAUUUUGCAGUACAUUGACAGAAAUAAGAGAAUACGUAAUUGUUUCUCCGUUUAGUAUAUACUUUCCUAACUUGAGGCUUGACUUAGCUUUUUUGUGCUUUAGAAUCCCCGUGAUAUAAUUUUCAUGUGUGAUCUUCAUCUUCAAAUCCCAAGUAACAUCGUCGACAUUAUUAGAAAGGUGAGUGACUUGUUCGAUUAUUAGUUUGGAAAAAGCUUGUCGUUUGCAUUCUCUUCUCUUCGGAGAAGAGGUAGGACCCGCGAGUUCGUGGGAGAUUUUGCUAUGGGACAAGAAUUAGCAGACGUUUCCUGACUGGGGAAUGGAAAUUUUAAAUGUGCAUUUGUGGGAUCAGAUAACAGUAAGGCGUUUGGCCUUUCUCGUCCAACUGUUUGCGAAUUCCCCUUAUGUAACUGGCAUUGAUGUCUCUGUAUUUGAGUACGGAAAAUUUGGUAUUAAAAACCACCGUAUUCGUAAUUCUCUUCAGUUGCGUGAAUGGUAGAAGAAGUCUGCUCGGUUUUUAAAUGAGUAUGAGGAGAGCAAAGGAUGUUUGUGUUGUUUUCAGCACUGUGUUCAAGGAAAGAUGGCAUUUGCUCCGAUAGUUGCGCGACUUCAUUGUGGGUUUUCUCCUUCACUGCCCUUUGGUAAGAUUGUUUUUUUUGAUGAUGUAAUUAAUAGUGAAAGUGAACAAGUUGCUCAUUGCUGUAUAAGCUAAGUUAUGCGGUAUCAGUUGGACUCAAAAGUCCAUUGGUUCAUAUGGCAAACAGAAUACUCGUUGGUGGAAGUUCUUCGGAUGAGUUCUAAGUUUUACCUACAGAGGAGUAGAAAAGCAUGGAAAAGGGAAAAGUAUCAGAUAUAUGUGAAGCCACAUCCCUUUUAUGCAUUCUUGUGUAUAAUCCUUUAAACCCUUACAUUGGUAUCCAUAUUCUCCACUCUGUUCUCUGUACACCUCCUCUUGAACUGAAAAGGAACUGUGUGUAACAGUGAGGAGCUUCCUAAAUCGGUAGUCAUUUCCUUUAUUCUCGUGAUUUUUUCAUUUGAUUCAAGUGCUAUACCGUAUGGAGAAAGUAUAAACCAGUCACCCAAGGGGUAAAAUGGUUCAGCAGGGUAGGGGGGUGGGGCUGGGGGAGGCCUCUUUUGGGGGGAAGAAACCGUCCAGUGGCAGAUAGAUUUUUCUAACAUGUUGAUGUUGGCAUUGACUAUAAAUAUAUGAAAAUCGUGUAUGUACACCACGGUUGAAGAAACGAAUUUCAUUGAUCCUCGCAAUGUGAUGUUACUUCACUGAUUAUUUUGUUUCCGCUCACGAAAGGUUUUUGGGAGCUUCAAGGUUACGGUCUAUUCGCCAUGUACAAGUCAGAUUUCACUCGAGUUGGUGGAAUGAAUUACAAGGAGUUUAGAACCACUUGGGGAGGAGAGGACUGGGAACUAUUAGACAGGUGGGUGUUAAUUCAUGGUAGCAACACAGUUAGCAGAGGGAAGUAUUUUACUACGAAGCAAAAAUCAAACUGACACACAUACUCAACCUGUUCAAAUCACAGUAGUUUGCACGUCAAGGAUUAACCCAAUUUUAUGUUAGAAUAUUUAGUGAGAGCCUCCACAGCAAGUGGCAAAUUGGAAUUUUCUUUCCACGUUGAGCUGUAGAGGAGGCUCGGUGGCUUAACGGUUGGUGCACUCCGGGUAAAGUGGUCUGGGUUGGGGUUUUGGGCAAGAAAUUUUACCCCCGCUUGCUCUCCACCCAGGAGAAUAUAUUGCUAGCGGCGAACUGCCAUGGAUGCCUAACGAAAUGCUGUGGGGUAACAUGUGUUGAAUCCAGUGUAGCAUCCCAUCCCAGGGGGUUGGCAACACUCUCAUUGGCCGGGUACUUCGGAGACCGGGAUAAAACCCUAGCGCUUUAUGGUCAUCUUGGCUCGAGUGCAGAUCAACUUUGCCUUUACUUAAACUUAUGCUUUAAUUACGUGGUUAAGUUUUUUUUCAUCUGAAUCGAUUCAAAGAAAGGGAAAAGAAAGGCUUAUUUAUUGAUGCCGGCUCUCGGCAGUCUUGACCCCGGCCAAUUGGCUUAAACAUCGCCUGUCUUAACAAAAAUCUCCAAGCUUUGGAAAUUUCAUUUUCUAGUUAUGUAGCUAUUUUCGACUUCUGAGGGCUUCUGAUUAGUGCAAUGUUGUUUGAAUUGUUACAGAGUUCUUCAGUACAAGAUGGAAGUGGAGAGGUUACGUGUGCCCAAGUUUUAUCAUUAUUUUCACUCAAAGAAAGGAAUGUGGGGAACUAGGGACUUGUUUAAUUCCUAUAGGAGGGACAUGUUCGAUAGCCAUGGUCACCAAGGCGACACUGAAGUCAUCAUCCUUUAUGGCAGUAGAAAGGAAAGGGGAGAAGAUCACCAGCGAUACGUUGCUUCCGAAAAGAGCAACGUCAGAUAACGUUUAGUUAUAUCUUCCUCAAUUUGAAAUGCUAGGUCCUUUAUUAAUACGCCUUUCGGGGAAUAUUGGAGAACAGGUGGCUUAUCGGUGAGCCCGCGAGACUCUACAUGAGGUUAAUUCUUAGCCUGGCUCAGAGUAUUGUUUUUGGGUAGGACAAUUCAGUCCCAAAGUGCCUCUCCCCACCCGUGAUAGAUGGGUAUGAUUGGGUAUGACUGCGUAUGGAAAACCUGUGGAAAUACUUGGAGGGUGGUUAACCUGUAACGGAUUAGUACUCCAUCCAAGGGAGGAAGCUACACCUCUUGCACCUCCAGUCGUGAAAACCGCAAUAAUCUCAGGAAGCUGUGUGAGUUAGUCACGUAGUAAGGUUUUGCGUUUUUACUUCUCUGAUAUAAAGCGUGAAUUCAUGGAAAACUUUUAAAAUAUUAUUUAAACCUAGGUUGGUAUGUCUUGCUGUUUGAACAAGUUAACUCAUAUGAUGUGCCAAUCAGGUAACUGACUUUAAAGGAAAUGCAAGGCGCUUUUUAAUAAGACCCAAAGAGUUUAGUUAAAAUUAACCUGAGGAUUGUGCUCUGUACACUAUCUUUAUUUAAAGUUACUAUUCCAGCCCCUCCCUUCCCCCCUCGUCCCCGGACUCUUAUUCAAAGAUGACAAUGGUGAACGUCGGCAUCUUUCUAAGAUACCUGUAGAACAUAGCAGAAUCUCCAAUGAUGUUCCCCUAAAUUUUACAGUAACCGGUGGGGUUACGGAAUAUUUUGCCAAAAAAUAAUAAUUUAUAAAAUUAAUAUAAGUAUUUUAAUAAUUUUAACAAUAUUGACUGUGAAGUACAGGCAAGAAACAAAGAUAUUUUUAAAGUGACUUCAAUUUAAAGAACAAGACGUGUGAUGAAAAUGAGAAUGUAACAGAAAGCAUUAAAAUUAUUAUACAAGGUAUACUAGAUUUAUUUACUUGGUUGUGAGAAUUUUUACUAAUUACGCAAUGCGAGUUUUACUGAAUAACUUCGCUUAAUUACAUGAAAGCACGUACGUUAUAUAGGAAAUUUUAAAUCGUCUUAAUACAACCGUUGUUGCCUGAAAGGAUUGGAAGAAUUUUACUUAUGCUUUAUCACUUAAUUUGUAAUUAGUAUGGUUUAACUAAAGAUGAAUAGUGAGUGACUGUUCUUGAAGUGCUUUUCGAUUGGGUGUCGUAAACCAAAACCAAAGCAAUCACAACAGCCAAUCAGAAGAGAGCAAAAUACCGUAAAGAGCCAACGAGUAUUCAAAGUAAAAACAAGCAAAUCGCCUUGAGCGCAGGAAAACGUAGGUGACGGUUGUAGUGUUACAUCUGAUUGGUAGCGACUUUUCCAGGACCAAUCACAGAGCAAAGUAAAGCAAAAUGGAAUCCCGGAUUACGAUCGACACCCAAUUGAAAAUUGCUCCAUAAUGUUAGACGCACAGAGAGAUUUCAAACUAU